UUGAACUUAUUUUUAAAAGGGAAGAGGAGUAGAAAAGAAAAGCUAAACCUGCAGGAAAGUGCCCUGUGCUGGGGAGAACGCAGUUAGGAAGUGUGUGCAUACUUCUGAACCCUGAUUGUUUCUCAGCUCUGUAACCUUCACCUCCCACUGGGUGGAGUAGGGCUUUUAAGAGCAACUGGAAUGCAGUUCCCCAGAUCAGUGUAGCCAGUUGUUGCCUGUCUGAACCUCUGCCAGUCCUAGAGAGCGGUGCUCCAACCAGUGGGUUUUGCUCUGCACCCCUCACCACCGUCCUUCUCACCGGAGGCAAGAAGAAGGUUCCCACCUGUCCAGCCAUGGGGGAGGACGCUGUACAAGCUGAAAAGUUCCAGCACCCGAGUUCUGACAAACGGCAGGAGAGGCCAGUCAGCCCCAGCCCAGAGCCCUCCUCCACACCGAGCCCCAGCCUGAACCUAGGGAGCACAGACGAGGCCAUCCGGGACAACACGCAGGUGAAUGCCGUCACGGUGCUCACGCUCCUGGAUAAGCUGGUGAACAUGCUGGACGCUGUGCAGGAGAACCAGCACAAGAUGGAACAGCGGCAGAUCAGCCUGGAGGGCUCCGUGAAGGGCAUCCAGAACGACCUCUCCAAGCUCUCCAAGUACCAGGCUUCCACCAGCAACACGGUGAGCAAGCUCCUGGAGAAGUCCCGCAAGGUCAGCGCUCACACGCGCGCGGUCAAGGAGCGCAUGGACAGGCAGUGCGCGCAGGUGAAGCGGCUGGAGAACAACCACGCCCAGCUCCUCCGACGCAACCAUUUCAAAGUGCUCAUCUUCCAGGAAGAAAAUGAGAUCCCUGCCAGUGUGUUUGCAAAAGAGCCAGUUUCCAGCCCAGCGGAAGAGAAGGAAGAACUUGAUGAAAACAAGUCCCUGGAGGAAACUUUGCACACGGUAGACCUCUCAUCGGAUGACGAAUUGCCUCACGAGGAAGAUGUCCUGGAAGACAGUGCCGAGGAAAAGAUGGAAGAAAGUAGGGCAGAGAAAAUAAAAAGAUCCAGCCUCCGGAAAGUGGAUAGCCUCAAGAAAGCAUUUUCUCGCCAGAACAUCGAGAAAAGGAUGAACCAGCUGGGGACAAAGAUUGUAUCUGUAGAAAGGAGGGAGAAGAUUAAGAAAUCUCUCACUUCCAAUCACCAGAAAAUAUCCUCAGGGAAAAGCUCCCCCUUCAAGGUCUCUCCCUUAACUUUCGGUCGAAAGAAAGUCCGAGAGGGAGAAAGCGCAGCAGAAAAUGAGACCAAGUCAGAAGACAAUGACCAGAUGCCGAACGACCACGAGGAAAGCUCGUUUGCGGAGGGUCUUUCCGAAGCCUCCCUCCCUGGUGCCGUGGUGGAAGGGAAGGGAGCAGAGGGUGAUGCCGGAAGGGCGGCCUCCAGAGGGAGUAACUCUGGCAGAGACAGCAACGUGGACUUGACUAUCGUGGAAGAUGAAGGAGAGGAGCCGGUGGUCCUGGAACAGGCCCAAAAGGUGCGCUAUGAGGGAGGCUCGGUGCUAACCUCGCAGGAGGCAGAGCAGUCGGAGGAAGGGCAGGUGCAGCCGGCUGUGCUCCAAGUGGACCAGACGGCCUGAACGGCGACAGUCAGCUGUGCCUGGCCUGUGCCUUCAGUGAGGUCGGGUACCAGAGCCCAGAGCAAACUCCUGCACAACUCCAGCACCACCCACUCACUACUGAGUUACUGUCCAGGCGGUAAUCAUUUACAACAUAGCAACAGCACACAUGUGACCAAGAUUUACUAUGAAAGCAACCUGUCCGUGGUUCCACGUCUAAUUUGCUCUUAGGUUCUAUCAAUAUGUCAGUAGAAUUUCUCUAAGAUUGUCCAGAAGAGGAAAUGGAGCAGUUGAAAAACACUGGUCAAUUAGGCUUAGUCAGAUACUACUUAAGAUACUAAUCAUGAAAUGUGAUUCACUUUUUUGUCAUUCCAUAAGAUUGCAGAAUAGUGUACCAGUAAUAUAUUGGAUUUUCUCAGAACUCUGUGAACCUAAUUAUUAUUUUUAAAGUGUGAUAUGUAAUAUACAUAUGUAUUUAAGCUAAAGGUGUAACUACUUUAUAUUUUAAGAAGAAAGCUUUGUUUAAAAGGGAGAAGAGAAAGUUCAGUUGGCCAUUCACUUAAUAGAAACCCUUGUUUUAUUGAAAAUGAAGUAAAAAAUGUAAGGUUAUAAUAUUAAGCUAAUGAAAUAAGAUAUGCAGAAAAGUCAGGACUAUUAGAAAAAAAAAACUAAGAAGGAUAUGUUGGAAAAUAAGAGAAACAAGAAACAAAGAAUGCUAGAGAGAAUGAAGACAGAGAGGAAAAGUAUGUGCUUAAGAGUAGAAUAUUUACAAGUUCAAGUAUGUAACUCUUUAUAUAACAAUGCUAAGUAUGUUCCUAUAUCCUGGAAUAAUAUAUUUUUCCUAACAUUUGCAAAUAAUACAAAAAAGCAUUUUAUUGUGUUAAAGCUGCAUUUUUUUCUUAAUAAAAGAAAUUACAAAUAUUUCUCUAAGGAAGUUCAAAAGGAUGUUGUCUCUUUAACAUUGGCAUGAACAUAAAUUUAUCUUAGAAAUUAAUUAAUACAUAUUGCCUUUUCCAGGAAGUUGGAUCACACUAUUCUUUAAUGUAAUGUUUUUCGAACUUGAAAUAACCCCUACAUUCCAAAUGUCAUGUAACUUUAUAAUACGUUAAAAUCAACAGAUUUGGGAAGGGUAGGCUUCUGUUUUUCCUUUUUUUGUACAUAAUGGUAAUUUCAUUCCAGGUUAUAUUUUAUUUAUAUAUUAAUUUCACAAAAUGUUAAUGUUUCUUAAUUUCUUAAAGCAUGCUAGUGUUUAUGUAUAUGUGCACAUUUAUUUAGACAGGGUAAUUUUGCCACUGCCUAACUUUAUACUAAAAUAUUGCUUUGUGUAUUUUUAAUUAUGGAAUGCUAAUGUUUUGAAAAAACUAUUAAACUCUAGUUUGAAGACAGACAGCAGGGAGAUAAUUCCCUAUCUUACUACGUACCACUCACUAUAAGUAAUCUUACAAAUAUAGGUAAUCCAAGACAGUAUUAACAAACUGCUUUGUCUUAUAAAAAGGAUAAAAUUAACAAAUGUAUUGAUGAUAUAACCUGUAUAGCUAUGUCCUUAUUUUCCAAUAAUGUACCCCAGUAUUUGAUUGUUGAACUAACAAUGGCUAUGUUAAAGAAGACUAAAUAAACCAAAAUAAAAAAGUAUAUAACAAUG